AUGGCUGCAAAUAAGAAAUCAACUGGUGGACAUGUAAUUUAUGAUUCUGGCACCGAUGUAGCAACUGGUAAAAAGCGUGCGGUAUUGCCUGGUGGCGGUGGAGUAAGCGUAGCUGAGCGUGCACGCAUGUUCGGUGCUCAAGUUGCACAUUCGUCGCCCGCGAAAGCUUACAAUGCAGCUACUCAUGUACCCGAGCGACCGCCACUUAGCAAUCAAUCAAAUAGAUCGAAUGCCAUUCAACAAGAAAGAAAUUAUCCACCACCUAGGGCAGAUGUUGAUCGACGACCAAAGCAGAAUUCAUCUUAUUCAAAUCCACAACGAACAUUCAAUGCUCAUCACUCUGCUGUAGAUCUCAAGGAACGAACAAAACGUGAACAAAUACCUUCAUCAGCUAGAGGAGCUCAUACUUAUAACUAUUCAAAAGCACCGUCCAACUACAAUACUCAUCUAUCACAAUCUCCCCCUCGUCGUCGUCCAAAUAAUUCCUACGAUAGUUUUCAACGUGUGAGUCCGCAACGACCGCCAACGAACAAGCCCAGACAUACCCAAAGAAUGCCCAGUGAUUCAUAUUCAUCUGAAGAAGAAGACACUUAUUCAGCAUUGUACGACAAUCCGCCAUCAUCACGGCAUCCUCAUUACCAACCAUCGAAUUAUUUUCGACCGAUAAAAGAUCCAUUAGAAGUUUUAUUCAAAGAUUCGCCAAAAGAAUACAUACAAUUCCAAGCACCUGUGAGACAACCGCCAAAAGACACGAGUCAUCUGCAACCGUUUGAUUUGGGCAGUCUAAUUAACCGUAUUCAACAAGAUUAUAUAGACAAUGCUCGACCGUAUGUGUCCAGCGUACAAUUUGUGCAACACAAUCAAAGUCUAGCUGACGUCGGAUUUCUAACACCAGCAGUGAAUCGAAAAGAUUAUUCCAAGCGAGCCGGAGACAAUUACCAUCGUCAAGCGCCGAUGUCCAAUCACUAUGAUGUUAUUGACGCGAAUGGCCUCUAUCCAUAUGAAAAGAUGGAUCCGAGGGGAUAUUAUGUUGAUAACAAUUACUCGUCAAUAAGAAGACGAAGACAUCAUAGGCGGUAUCAUAAUCAAGCAUCAUCUCCCAUCCAUAUUUUGGAAACAUCUUCGAAAACAACGACCGAACCAAAAGCAGAGACUCCACCGGUUAGUUCAAGCGAGAAAGCACCAACUCCUCCUGUGGCGAGUACGAGCGAAGAAGAAGACGAGGACAAGAAAGACGAAUCCACACAACAAGAUGCGACGAAAACUGCCGAAGAAGAUUCAACAGAAGAGGAAUCUGAAGAAGGAUCCGAAGAGGGGGAAGAAGAAGAAGAAGAAGAAGAGAAAAGUGCGCCAGCUCCCGCAUUACCGCCUCCAAUAUCAGCUGUGAAUGGAACUAGUCGUUUUGUGCCAUCAGGCAAUAGUCGUCCGCCAGGGCCGUAUCAAACUCCAACGCUGGCUCGAAAUCAACCGGAACCUAGCGAAACUGAAGAAAGUGAUUCUGACGAAUCGGAAUCGGAAUCAGACAGUGACAGUGAUGGCAAUAAGAAGAAAAAGAAAAAGAAAAAAGUGCAGCAACCAAUAGCGGCAUCUUCACCAGCUGCUCGAUCAAAUCCAUUACGAACGGCACAAGCUACACCACAGACGAAUGCUCGUUCAGUUGCUCAACGUGGAAACUAUGAAAAAACUAGUUUGAAUCAACUGCAAGAAUCAUCUAGUACAGUUGGUCCCAUUGAAAUUCUCGAACCAGAAAAAUCAGGGUCGAUCGGUGGUAAAUUAAAAUCGUUCACCAGUAAAUUUCGUCGAAACAAAUCGUAA